GUCACACGUGGUAGACGGGCCAAAAUUUGCGGAAGUGUGCGUAGCCGUGCCAUGAGUCGUGCGUGCCCUUGUGUAGCUCAGCCACGAUUGUACUGAGGGAUAAAGAUAAAACUGCACCACUUAAAUUAUGAUCUAGUGUCACUUCUGGAUUUGGCUACAGACAAAUCAUAGGCUGAUUAUGCCACUCCAUAAAUACCCACCCAAAAUCUGGAAUGUGCUGAAAUUGAAGCAGGGCAUUUAUGCUCGUUUACCCAAACAUUACCUCAAGUCCUUGGAGCCGAAGGAGCCUACACCUGUCCACUUCAGGCCCCUGGGUGUUGAGUAUAAGCUCAACCCAAAGACGGGCCAAAGAGAAAGAGUGCAGGAUGUCCCAAUCCCUCUGUACUAUCCUCCUCAAUCCCAGGAUGGGCUGUGGGGUGGAGAGGGCUGGAUAUCAGGCUACAGAUAUGCCAACAAUGAUAAGAUGUCAAAUCGUUUAAAAAAGACAUGGAAACCACAGCUGUUCAAACGGGAGCUUUAUAGUGAAAUCCUUGAUCACAAAUUUACCAUUACAGUCACAGCCCAUACUCUGGACCUGAUUGAUGCAGCAUUUGGCUUCGACUUUUACAUUCUCAAGACACCAAAAGAAGACCUCAACUCCAAGCUGGGUAUGGAUUUGAAGAGGGCGAUGUUACUCCGUCUGGCACGCAAAGAUCAAGAGCUUUAUCCCCAUGACUCUGACACAAGAGAGAGGGUGUACAAUAAGUAUAAGCAGUUUGAGAUCCCAGAAGAGGAGGCAGAGUGGGUGGGCCUGAGUCUGGAGGAAGCGGUUGAAAAACAGCGGCAGUUGGAGCACAAGGAGCCUGAACCAUUAUUUAAAACCAGUGUGGACAAACUGGUUGAGGAGCUGCAUAUUCAUAAACUGUCAGAGCCACUUCUCAUAAAGAAGAAUUGAAUCAACAUUUAACACUGUUGUGUCUGAAAGAUAAGUUGUAACAAACCAUUGAUGAUCAGGUGUUUUGUGGUGAUUGAAAUACUAUUUAAAUGUAAAUACGCUGUGGCAAAUUUAAUAAAAUAUGUGUUUUUAUUUAAA